GCAAGCUCCACACUCUGCGCCGUGUAGCCGACCUCCGCCUCGACCUUUCAACCUCUGCUCUGUCCGAAGGGACUGUCGCACUCUCUAUCCCCUAAUUGCAACGAAAUCUCUACCUGGAGCUGGUGCAAACAUGUUCAGCUUCAUCGCAGACGGCUUGACCGUCGCAACUACCGUUCUUUUUCCCAUAUUCGCAUCCUACAAAGCCCUCCACACCUCCGACCCAGCGCUGCUUGCGCCCUGGUUGAUCUACUUUGUCGUCCUCUCGAUUCUCACCACUGUUGAGAAUGUUUUCGACUUCGUUCUCUGCUGGGUACCUUUCUACUCGUGGAUCCGCUUCUUCAUUCACCUCUACCUGAUCAUGCCAGGUUCGCAGGGCGCUACCUUCGCAUACCAGGAGUAUGUUGAGCCAUUCCUGUACCAGCACGAGCGCGAGAUCGACCACUUCAUCAGCGAGAGCCACGAUCGUGGCAAGGCGGCAGGACUGGUAUACUUAGGCAUGGCCGUGGAGUGGGUCAAGGUUAACGUCCUAGGCUUUGCGCCUGCAAAACCAGAGUCGCCCAGGCCAGUCGGGCAGACUUAUGCACAGAAUCUGAUGAGCAGGUUCCAAAUGCCAGCUGCACGUGGAAGCAAUGAUCUGUAUGGGCUGGUCAACCAGGCGUUGAGCGGCGCGAGUGCGUUGUACGCAGGCAACCAGAGCGGACAGGCUGCGGAGCUCAGCCGUAGCGCCAACCUUGUUCCUGACAGUAUCCGCAACAACGAUGAUAGACUCAACUAUGUGGCCUCGCAACGUCAGCGCCUCGAGACUCUUCUCCAGGCGUUCGACAACGAGCAGGAGAACAUACGUUCUCAGCAGUCGAGCGGCAACCGAUACCACGACGGAAGUAGGACGCCGAGCGGCAUCUCGAGGAACAGAAGUGAACUUGAGUUCGACCGCAUUGAGCGCGAUGAAGCCAGCCCACGACCUCCUUAUCCCACUACACCUCCCCCUCUAGGCAGGCGAACCAGCAGCGGCUGGAUGCCGUGGAACUGGCAGCGUCCACAGCCACCAGCAGACCAUCCAGACCGCGACGACAAUCUGGCAUACGGUAAGGAGCCUGGCGAGUCGAGGAGAGCACACGCAACCGGAUUUGACCUCGGUGAUCGCUAGGAAACGAAUCCUUGGAGGAGAUCCCGCUGAACAGCGUGUAUUCAAAGGCGUUUGGGUGCGAGAAAAGUAGAGGCGGAAACCUCUCAAGAAACCUCGGGUUACAGAGAAAGUAAACAUCUGGUAUUUGAUUCAUAGUCAUGCACACAGCUAUAGUCAUACCCUGACAUGUAAAUGAUGUGGUC